UACCCAGUGCACACAGGGAUUUGGGGAGACAGAAAGAACAAGCCUUCAAGGGGCGAACUAGAAGCUAUUCAACGGGGUUAAAAUCCUUAGGUCUCUGAAGAUUUGGUGGACAUAACAGGCACGUUUCCCAGAACUGCAAAGUGGAGCUGAAGCGAUUCUGCAGGAAGCUUUUGGGAAAGGAGCUAUGGAGCACGGAGGGGCAAACACUCUGCGGAUAAGGCAAGUCCUGCUUCUCUUUGUUUUGCUGGGAAUGUCUCAGGCCGGCUCCGAGUCUGGGCGCUUUUCGGUGGCAGAGGAGAUGCAGAGCGGGAGCUUUGUGGGCAAUUUGGCAAAAGAGCUGGGACUGGAAAUGGGUGAGCUCUUCUCGAGGGGGGCUCGGGUGGUCUCUAAUGAUAACAAACAGCGUUUGCAGCUGGACGUAAACACGGGGAAUUUGCUCUUAAGCGAAGCGCUAGACCGGGAGGAGCUCUGUGGCUCCACCGAGCCCUGUGUGCUGCAUUUCCAGGUAUUAAUGAAAAACCCCUUGCAGUUUUUACGGAUUGAGCUCCAGGUGAGGGAUAUAAAUGACCACUCGCCCGUCUUCUUAGAAAAAGAAAUACUCCUAGAAAUCCCAGAGAAUAGUCCUGUCGGUGCCGUGUUCUUACUAGAAAGUGCGAAGGAUUUAGAUGUAGGAAUGAACAGUAUAAAAAACUACACAAUAAGCCCCAACUCUCAUUUCCACGUCAAAAUGAGAGUCAAUCCAGACAAUAGGAAAUACCCAGAGUUAGUUCUGGACAAGGCACUGGAUUAUGAAGAGCAGUCCGAGUUCAGUUUCAUCCUCACUGCUCUGGAUGGCGGGUCCCCGCCCAGGUCCGGGACUGCCUCUGUUCGUGUGGUGGUCGGGGACACUAAUGACAACUCCCCUGAGUUUGAGCAGCCAUUUUAUGAGGUGAGGAUUCCAGAAAAUAGCGUGCUAGGCUCACUGGUUGUCACCGUCUCAGCUUGGGAUUUAGACUCGGGAAAAAAUGGGGAAAUAUCAUAUACUUUUUCCCAUGCCUCAGAAGAGAUUCGCAAGACAUUUGAAAUUAAUCAAAAGUCUGGAGAAGUGAGUUUAACGGCAUCCUUGGAUUUUGAAACAAUUGAAUCAUACUCAGUAAUCAUUCAAGCCACAGAUGGUGGAGGCCUUUUUGGAAAAGCAACAGUCAGAAUUGAGGUGAUGGAUGUGAAUGACAAUGCUCCUGAAGUCACUGUGUCGUCAAUUACCAGUCCAAUCCCAGAAAAUUUGCCUGAGACUGUGGUUAUGGUUUUUAGUAUCCGAGACAAAGACUCUGGGGACAACGGGAGGAUGAUUUGUUCUAUCCCAGAAGAUCUCCCGUUCACGCUAAAAUCUUCAGUUGAGAAUUACUACACAUUGGAAACGGAGAGCCCACUAGACAGAGAAAGCAGAGCCCAGUACAACAUUACCAUCACCGUCACCGACAUGGGAUCCCCCAGGCUGAAAACCCAGCACAACAUAACCGUGCUGGUCUCCGACGUCAAUGACAACGCCCCCGCCUUCACCCAAACCUCCUACACCCUGCGGGUCCGCGAGAACAACAGCCCCGCCCUGCACAUCGGCAGCGUCAGCGCCACAGACGCAGACGCGGGCGCCAACGCCCAGGUCACCUACUCGCUGCUGCCGCCCCACGACCCGCGCCUGCCCCUCGCCUCCCUCGUGUCCAUCAACGCGGACAACGGGCACCUGUUCGCCCUGCGGUCCCUGGACUACGAGGCCCUGCAGGCCUUCGAGUUCGGCGUGGGCGCCACAGACCGAGGCUCGCCGGCGCGGAGCAGCCAGGCGCUGGUGCGCGUGCUGGUGCUGGACGACAACGACAACUCGCCCUUCGUGCUCUACCCGCUGCAGAACGGCUCGGCGCCCUGCACCGAGCUGGUGCCCAGGGCGGCCGAGGCGGGCUACCUGGUGAGCAAGGUGGUGGCGGUGGAUGGCGACUCGGGCCAGAACGCCUGGCUGUCGUACCAGCUGCUCAAGGCCACGGAGCCCGGGCUGUUCGGCGUGUGGGCGCACAACGGCGAGGUGCGCACGGCCAGGCCGCCGAGCGAGCGCGACGCGCCCAAGCACAGGCUGCUGGUGCUGGUCAAGGACAACGGCGAGCCGCCGCGCUCGGCCAGCGUCACGCUGCACGUGCUGCUGGUGGACGGCUUCUCGCAGCCCUACCUGCCGCUGCCGGAGGCGGCGGCCGAGCAGGCGCAGGCCGACCCGCUCACCGUCUACUUGGUCAUCGCCCUGGCCGCGGUGUCGUCGCUCUUCCUCUUCUCGGUGCUCGCGUUCAUCGCGGUGCGGCUGUGCGGGAGGAGCAGGGCCGCCUCGCUGGGUCGCUGCUCGGUGCCUGAGGGCCACUUUCCGGGCCACCUGGUGGACGUCGGCGGAACUGGGACCCUGUCCCAGAGCCACCAGUAUGAGGUCUGUCUGACCGGAGGUACUGGGACAAAUGAGUUCAAAUUUUUGAAGCCCCUUAUCCCCAACCUCGCACCCCACUGCCCUGGGAAAGAAAUAGAGGAAAAUCCCACCUUCCACAAUAGCUUUGAGUUCAAUAUUCAGUGAUCACAAUUAAUUUUUAUAUUCCAUAUGUAUUUUGUUUUGUGCUGCUUAUUUUCGAAGUUAUUUCCCCAAAUUAUGUGUAUUUUAAAUGGUACUGACGUUACUUUUGUAUUUUAGCAUGUUCUACCCACCUUUACUUUUAAGUGAAUGUUUAUCUGUAUUUGUAGUUAUAAUAAGAUGGUAAUUUAUCCUCUAACCCAAGAGGUCUUAAUUUGUAAUGAAUUUGCCUCUUUAAAUAACAACACCAAAUCACUUUUUUCCAUGGCCUUCUCUCCAAUCGAACUUUCUCCCACAGUUAUGCUUAUGGUAAAAUAAAGCAGACCACUUUCAAAGUAUUUCAAGUG